CCGGGGGCGGCCUCCCUCUCGGCCACCGCCAGGGCCACGGGCCGCCCGCCGGCCGCCGUCUCCCGUCAGCUCCGCAGCGCCCGAGAAAUCAUAACUCCAUAAAUAAGAAACUGAAAUUUCAAUAUGAUAACGUGGACAUUAACAAUGAUGAUACAGAUAAAUCCAGAAGUCUGGGAAUCAUGUUCUAAGUGAAGCACUUGUCCAAAGGUUUCCCAAUGAGUGGAUCAUGAUGACCGUAAUUUAGGGAUUUGCCAUAGUAUGGCUGCUUCUCGAUCUACUCGUGUCACAAGAUCUACAGUGGGGUUAAACGGCUUGGAUGAAACUUUUUGUGGUAGAACUUUAAGGAAUCGUAGCAUUGCUCACCCUGAAGAAGGAUCUCCCCAUUGUCAAGUCCGCUCCAGAUCACCAAAGAAGAGACCAGAGUCUGUGCAAACUCCAAAGGGGGCUAACAGCGGACGGGCCGCUGAUCUGAGGCAGCCGGGUACUCGAGAGCUGUGGGUAAGCCCAAGGAAAAGAGGACUUUCUUCUUCAGAAAAGGAUAAUGCUGAGAAACACGCUCCAGAAAACUGUGAGAGGAGGCCCAGCGAUGCGGCCUCCCCCAUCUUCAAGCGUUUGAAGCGCUGCCUCCGCUCAGAGGCCCUGAGCAGCUCAGAGGAAGAGUCCCCUACGAAAGCCGACAAGGAGAGCUCACCAGAGCGGAGUCGCUCCGCAGUGGACAAUGGUGCUGAUUCCCAAGGGGCUAAACGAGCUUGUCGAUGCCUUCUACUGGAUGAUUGUGAGAAAAGGGAAAUUAAAAAGGUGAAUGCCAGUGGGGACUCUUCCCCAAGCGCCGCUGCCAUCGCAGAAAUCACAGGCUAUCGAGCUUUUAAUGGGGUUGACGACAGGGACUCUGCUGUUCUCCACUGUGAUGACUGUCAGCUUGACGGCAACCCCAAACAGAACAGUCCUGCUUCCUGUAUGCUGCAGGAACAGUCGGUAGCUGAAAAUGGGGAUUCAGGUUCCCAUUCCUCCUAUUUGCUUGAGAGUAGGAAAGAAGAGAGUCUCGUAGACCAUAAUGUGCCUUGCACAAAUUCACAAGUGCAGGUCAAGUUGGAGGACCACAGACUAGGAGCUGCCCACCUGCGUGAGGAGCCCGCGGAGGACCUGCCUCCCGAGCCGGCGCCGGCGCCCUUGCUUGAAAUUCAGCCGUCUGUAAGGGAUUCUGAGGAGGAGGUAGAUGUGGUAGGAGACAGCGCCUCCCGUGCGCAGCCGGGUCAUGAGAACACCAGCAGCCCUGGCGGGGCCAGUCCUGCUCCGGUUCCUCCCACAGUGGAGUCCGCCCCUGCUUCUGUCUCAGACUGUGUCUCCACCCCGAUGACCUCUUUGUCCGAACCCCAAGAGCACCGCUACACGUUGCGCACGUCACCUCGGAGGGCUGCCCCAAGCAAAGGGAGUCCCACCAAAAAUAACUCUCCUUGUAGAGAAAAUGGACAAAUGGAGGAGAACCGCCUUAGUCUGGCAGAAAAGAAUCUCUCUCUUGGUGUUAACGUCAGUGGUUCUCCCACGGCCUCCGAGGAACCACCGCAGAGCGGAAAGGGGACGAGCUGCCACCCUGCAUCGCCAGCCCCAGAGGCCAGCCUCCCUCCUGGGUAUGUGGCGCCCGCCAAAGAGAAUGCUGCCCUGCGAGCCCCAGAGGAGGACGAGGACGAACCUGACGUCUAUUACUUUGAGUCAGAUCAUGUGGCAUUGAAACACAACAAAGAUUAUCAGAGACUGUUACAGACGAUUGCCGUACUCGAGGCUCAACGUACUCAAGCAGUCCAAGACCUCGAAAGUUUAGGCAGACACCAGAGAGAAGCACUGAGAGAUCCCAUUGGAUUUGUGGAAAAACUCCAGAAGAAGACUGAUAUAGGGCUUCCAUUUCCACAGAGAGUUGUCCAAUUACCAGAGAUCGUGUGGGACCAGUACACUAACAGCCUUGGAAACUUUGAACGGGAAUUUAAAAACCGCAAACGCAACACGAGGAGGGUGAAGCUGGUUUUUGAUAAAGUCGGCUUACCUGCCAGACCCAAAAGCCCCUUAGAUGCGAGGAAGGAUGGGGACGCCUUUUCCUAUUCUGUGCUGCCUUUAAGCGAUGGCCCAGAGGGUUCCAGCAGCCGGCCCCAGAUGAUAAGAGGCCGUCUGUGCGACGAGACCAAACCGGAGACCUUCAAUCAGCUCUGGACUGUGGAGGAGCAGAAAAAGCUAGAGCAGCUCCUCCUGAAGUACCCCCCUGAGGAGGUCGAAUCUCGGCGCUGGCAGAAGAUCGCCGACGAGCUGGGCAACAGGACCGCCAAGCAGGUUGCCAGCCGCGUGCAGAAGUAUUUCAUAAAGCUGACGAAGGCCGGCAUCCCGGUGCCAGGCAGGACGCCCAACUUGUAUAUGUACUCUAAGAAGCAGUCUUCAACGAGCCGACGGCAGCACCCCCUCAACAAGCAUCUCUUCAAGCCCUCCACUUUCAUGACCUCCCACGAACCUCCAGUGUACAUGGAGGAGGAUGACGACAGGGCCGGCUUCCAUGGCCACAUGGACCCCGCGGCCGACGAGGCCUCGGAUGAAGAGAGCAUUCCUGUCCCGUGCCGGGAGCUCCCCGAGUACAAGGAGCUGCUGGAGCUGAAGAAGCUCAAGAAGAGGAAGCUGCAGCAGAUGCAGGCCGAGGGCGGCUUUGUGCAGCAUGCCGGCUUCAAGUGUGACAACUGCGGCAUGGAGCCCAUCCAGGGCAUUCGGUGGCACUGCCAGGAUUGCCCCCCGGAAAUGUCCCUGGACUUCUGUGACGCUUGCUCAGACUGCCUUCAUGAGACAGACUUCCACAAGGAGGACCACCAGCUGGAGCCCAUUUACCGGGCAGAGACUUUCUUAGACAGAGACUACUGCGUGUCCCAGGGCACCAGCUACAGUUACCUGGACCCAAACUACUUUCCAGCCAACAGAUGACAUGGGAGAGACCCUAGGCCACGCUGCUCUUCCACACCUCGCCACGGGACCGGUGUCGUCUCGGCUUUCCUUGAAAGGACGCUCUGCGAUGACCGCUCCCGAGGGGUCUCGCCACCUGUUGGACGGGGUCCUCGGCGGCCCACCCGCCAACCAAGCGCACGCGCCUUCUGGGCGCGUUGCCCUGGGGGGGGGUCUUCUCCGGGGGGCGAGCCCCCAUCAGGGAGAGCCCAUCCCAAAGGCUUCAGACAGCUAAGUCUCGACGAUGGUGUCGAGAAGACAGAGUAUUUAUAGGAAGACCGUUUUUAGGCUGCAGUUUUGUCGUGAGGACAGAGUUUUAACCGAUGACGGUAUUUGCUUCUAGGAUCCUUCUCACCGAUGUGUCCCUCCCCAUCCAGUCAGCGCUGCUUCCGUAAUCACAGUGACUGGCCCUUCGAACUGCCCCCUUCCCCAACCCCUCCCCCCACAGUGAAGCACUACCAGAGGCCCCCGCGUGUUGCCUCUGUGACCGGCUCGCAGUCGCGGUGUAUGAGUGUGAUCCGGUCAUCCCUCAGAUCUAUUUUUUAAAUGUCAUGUUCUAUAAGAUUGAUCAUGUGAUGUGUACAAACUAUGGUGAAAGUGCCAGUGGUAGUAACUGUGUCCAGUCUCUAAUACUCCACAUUAACUCCUCAAAAGUGCACAGCCUCUGCCUCGGCUCGGAGUUGUCCGUGCGACUCGGCAAAGAAAACUGCCUGAAAGCGAAUCAUCUGUAUGGUAAUAACCUCCCUCUUUUGUAGUCUGCCCCAGAUCCAUGAAAGAUUGUAUUUUUGUUACUAUUUAAACAAGUGAUUCCACCUCGUCUGCGCAGGGAGUGCCGGCUCACCUGCAUCCUUUUAUAUUGCCGGAUUUUGUUGUGCGUCAUUUAAGACAUUUUGUAUGUUUCUUCUUAUCUGUGUAUACCGUCUGUUCUUAAAUAAUGGUCAUUUGUCAAGAGAACUGUGAGAAAUAAACUAUGUGGAUACUGUCUGUUUAUA